CAGGCGUCAUUCCCUGGAACCAGCGGACUUCCUCUCUGCUUGUCUGGGUCACCCUGUCUGCCCGUCGCUAGCCCCAGGCUCGCUCUCUGGCCCCAGCCCUCUUCUCUCUCUCUCCCUCAGCAGCUGUCUCUCUCGUGCCCGCUGGCCUCUCUCCUUCCCCGCAGUCGCCUCCUUCUCUGCCUGCCUGGGUGGCCGCCAUGGGCCGGAAGCGGCUCAUCACUGACUCCUACCCUGUAGUGAAGAGGAGGGAGGGCCCCGCUGGGCACAGCAAGGGGGAGCUGGCACCAGAGCUAGGGGAAGAGCCCCAGCCCCUGAGCGUGGAUGAAGCAGAGCUGGAGCUGCUGAGGCAGUUUGAUCUCGCCUGGCAGUAUGGGCCCUGCACAGGGAUCACACGGCUGCAGCGCUGGUAUCGGGCGGAACAGAUGGGCUUGGAGCCUCCCCCAGAAGUGCGUCAGGUGCUACAGACCCAUCCUGGAGAUCCCCGCUUCCAGUGCAGCCUCUGGCAUCUCUAUCCCCUUUGAGGCCCACCUAAGACCUCCUGCCCGCUAUCCCAGAACCUCAAGACACAAGUGAGAGCUGGUUGCUGCCCCCUUGGCUCAGUUCUGCUGUGAAGAACUUUUGGCAGGAAAAGAGCCUCAUAGAGAGAGAAAAGAGGCUGAAUCUGGAGGUCUCUGAGGCUCAGCCCUCCAUCUAACCAGCAGGCUUCUGGAGCCCCCUCUGAGAGCCAACACAGCUGAAGCUUGCACUUCCUACGUGGAGAAUGGUCUCUGAGGACAAGGACCUGGCCAUGACCUUUCAGAUGCCUGCUACACGCCUCCCUGACCACAAAUACUGUGGUCCUGGGAAUAGUGUGGCAAAUAGGCACAGCCUUGACAUGGUCAGACUCAGGCAGAUAUCUAUCUACAAGGCAAAGAUGCACUCCCCACUUAAGGCUGGGAAUCUGAGGGCAAAACUGGCAAGAGGUUCACUAAUGCUUAUCAAUAAAGAACACUGAGUCUGGAAGCCUGACCUCCAGUCCCUUAAUGUGGCCCUGCGUGGGCUGGCAGCCACCAGCAAGUUGAUAGGUGGGAGAGAACCAGCACUAUGCCUUCCCUCUGCCGCCCAACCCUAGACCUGGGACUAGACACGUCUAUAGACUGUGAGACAAGUCCUCAUUAGAGCUGAUCAGCCUCUGGCGCCCCCUGGUGGUGUAAAGGGAAACUACUCUUUUUUUUAAAGAUUUUGUUUAUUUAUUUGACAGAGAUACAGAGAGAGAGAGAGAGAGAGAACACAAG